AUGGUCGCCAACAGCAAAACAUCUUACUCUCCAGCAGCAGCAGCGCCUGUGUCAUCAUCAUCAUCCACCAACUCAUAUGAUGAGACACCCAUUAUCACUAUCAGCGAGAAUAAUUUUCGAUUCGUCGCAGACAAAGAAAACAAAAAGCCAGUUCCCCGAUUCGAAAAAAAUAGCUACAAACUAGAGCGUGAUCCCUGCCUCAGUACUAGAAGUCGCAAACCCACCAACUUGGCAUUCUGCCCUCAUUGUUCCAAGGAAAACGUCCGCACACGAACCAAGACGUAUCCAAACUCUGUUACUUGGGGCUGCGCCGCUCUGGGCGCAAUUAUCUUCGUUCCACUCGCUGUGAUUCCAUUGGUCUCAGAUAGCAUGAAGAAGACCGAUCACUACUGUCAAAACUGCGAUCAAAAGCUUGCAACGAUCAAGCCAUUUGGGGGUGUUGGUAUCAAAGAACGAUCUUAG